CUCCACCGCUUUCCGUGACAAUUUCUCGUACAUAAAGCUAAAAAUCCUGCCACUUUCUGAGAAACUUCCUACCCAUAACCAACCAAAACUCAAUUGUUUGUUUGUUCUAUUAUUUUUGCUUAACUAGUUCCAAGUUCCAACAACAUUACUCAAACAUGCUACUAAACCAUCUCCUAACAUAACCAAAGUAAAACAAAGAAAGCAACCAUUCUUAUCCUUAUAAGCAUGACUCCAUUAAGUUCCUGUCGUAAACUCCACCAUAACUCACUUCCAGAAAAACACUCCACCAACGUAGUUGAUCGCCGAUAUGUCUCGACUUCUCUAACAUCGAAAAUGCAAACUAGUAGUAAUGACUCUAUUCUUCGGCCACCGAAACUGCUACUGAAGGUGACAAUCGAGAACAGCUUGGGUGCAAUACAGGUGCUGAUGUUGUCUGAGGACACAGUUGAAGAUUUGAUAAAGGCAGCGUUGGUGUUUUAUGAGAAGGAAAAGAGGAGGCCUAUUUUGAAGAACUAUGAUCCAAAGUCUUAUGACCUUCACUACUCCAAAUUCACUUUCCAAAGUUUGAAGCGGGACGAGAAGUUAUUAGGGUUGGAGUCAAGGAAUUUCUUUCUCUGCUCAAAGCCACUCGUUUCUUCAUGUACUCAGAAAGAGAACAUGGCAAUGGAUUCGGCAUUUCCUUGGAUGGUUUUAGUCCCCUUCCUACUGUAAAUUAAGACCGUAGACAUGUGUCACAAAUGAGUCGCAUGAUCCUUUGAAUAUGUUAAAUAGAGUAAUUAUUGGCAAUCUUUGGUAGAAAAUGAAUUGAUGAUGAAAUUUGUAAAUCUCUCAAUCUUAGAGCUUCUUUAGUUUUCAUUCUUCUUGUACUUGUGUUUCCGUGUAAGUUAUAUUGCUUUCUUUUAAGUGUAACUAGAAGGUAAUUUAAGAAUAAUGCAAUUUAUGUUGGAACUGGAAGAGUGAAAUACUUAAGCAUUA